AUCCUUUUUUUAGAAAUGGCAACAUGAUCUAACCUUAAUUAUCAAAAUAGAGCUUCCCCAUUAAUAGAACAAAUUAUUUUUUUUCAUGAUCACACUCUUGUUAUUCUAAUUAUAAUUACUAUUAUAGUAUCUUAUUUAAUAUUAAAUUUAUUUUUUAACUCAUAUACUAAUCGAUUUUUACUAGAAGGCCAAAUAAUUGAAUUAAUUUGAACUAUUUUACCAGCAAUUACAUUAAUUUUCAUUGCUCUUCCCUCUCUUCGAUUAUUAUACCUACUAGAUGAACUUAAUAAUCCAUUAAUUACACUAAAAUCUAUUGGACAUCAAUGAUACUGAAGUUAUGAAUAUUCAGAUUUUAAUAAUAUUGAAUUUGAUUCAUAUAUAAUUAAUUCAAGAGAAAAUAUUAAUAAUUUCCGAUUAUUAGAUGUAGAUAAUCGAAUUAUCUUACCUAUAAAUAAUCAAAUUCGUAUUUUAAUUACCGCUACUGAUGUAAUUCACUCAUGAACAGUACCAUCUUUAGGAAUUAAAGUUGAUGCUAAUCCCGGACGAUUAAAUCAAACUAGAUUCUUUAUUAAUCGUCCAGGUCUUUUUUAUGGACAAUGCUCAGAAAUUUGUGGUGCUAACCAUAGUUUUAUACCUAUUGUAAUUGAAAGAAUUUCAAUUAAAAAUUUCAUUAAUUGAGUUAAUAAUUAUU